AUGCCAGCGGCGGUGCAGGCGCAGGCUUCAUGCUCGUCGGUCGAGGAGGUCGGGUCAACGGGAGUCGGAGCCCUCACGAUCGACUUCAUCAUCCUCGCUGCCGCCUCCUUCAUCUUCGUCUACAAGCUCUCUGAGGCUGCCAACAAGAAGGUCGCCUACCUCUGCAUCUACAUCUGUGGCAUCUCCGCCAUCGCAUACUAUGCGAUGCUGGCGGGCCAGGGCUGGAGUGCAGGAACUACCUGCAGGCAGUUCUUCUAUGCUCGCUACAUUGACUGGAUCCUUACCUGGCCCCUGAUCACCAUCCUCCUCGCUCUCAUCGCAGGAUGCGAGUGGACCCCCGUCCUUGGCGCCAUCGGAGGACAAGUCGUGCAGGUGUUUGCUCAGUACAUGGCGUCAGUGUCUGUGCUGGACACAGUGAAGUGGUUCUGGUUCCUCAUCGAGAUCUGCGGGCUCAUGUUCCUGGUCUUCCACGUUACCCGCAUCUUCAAGGCAACAGCCGAGAACAAGGGAGGAGAGGCUGCGGUCCUGUACAACAAGGUCGCCUGGACCACUGUGAUCGUUUGGAUCUGCUACCCGAUCCUCUGGCUGUUUGCUGAUGGAUUUUCUUCCUUCACCGUCUCCUUUGAGGUCACCAUGUACGCUAUCCUCGAUCUGAUCAACAAGGUGCUCCUGUGCUUUAUGGUCGUUUCGGCUCAAGACUCCAUUGGCAACGACGACAACACAGCCGGAACUCGUGAAUAUGUUUGA